AUGGCACCGUCUCUAGGUUCAACACUCGUCCUCUCCUCCUUACUAACAUGCCUCCCCCUUCUUACUAACGCGCACAUGCAAAUGAGUUGGCCCUAUCCUCUCAGGAGCCCUCUGGACCCGGACGUUCCAUACUACGACAAGGACUAUUCCAUGACUUCACCCCUGCUGGCUGACGGAUCCGACUUCUCGUGCAAACAUUACCAGUUUAGCGAUACGUACGACCAGGCGAAUGUGAUCAAGGCCACGUACUAUGCCGGAAACACGUACAACAUGAGCAUUGCCGGAACGGCGGUUCACAACGGCGGGUCCUGCCAACUGUCGCUGUCUUAUGACAAUGGAGAAACCUUCAAAGUCAUCAAGUCAAUGAUCGGAGGGUGUCCCAUUACGUUGACGUACGACUUCACCAUCCCCAGCUUCGCCCCGGUCUCAGACUCGGUCUUGCUCUCUUGGUCCUGGUUCAACCUUGCCGGCAACAGGGAGAUGUAUCAGAACUGUGCCCGCGUCAGGAUUGCCAGCAACCCAAGUCAGAAAUACCGACGGGGCCUGUGGACGAGACAGUCGUCAAUGUCGGAGCUCCCGGACAUGUUUGUGUGUAACGUGGACAAUGGCUGUACGACCAUCGAAGGGAGUGAAGUGGUCUUUCCAGAUCCCGGGAACGAUGUUGUCUACGGUCAGGAUCUCGUUGCUGCAAACCCUGGACCUGGAUUCACGACUUCGGGAGUUUCUUCUUCGACAACCAGCGCUGCUGGAUCUGGAUCUGGAGCCUCCGCGACGACAUCGACAUCUUCUAACACUGGUACUAGUUCUCCGGCUUCUGUGGUUGCUUCGACUACGACCUCGGCGGUUUACGUUUCCAGCACCGACACUGUUUCCUCCUCUACGUCGACCGCAUCUGCCACCCAGAUCUCUGUUACCACCCCGGCCCAAUUUUACACCACAUCGAAUGCGAGUACUCUGGAACCGACGACAUCAACUCCUCCAUACCCUUUCUCGAAUGGAACGACGACAUCGACUGGUUUCUUCCUAUCUGGAACUGGACUCCCUUCUACUACCGGUUUUCUAAUUGUAGUUACAGGUGGCCCCGUCUCAUUUUCCGCAACGAGCGCUUCUUCAAGUUCAAGCUCCAGCCUCAGCUCUGCUUCCAGCUCUGGUUCUAGCUCUACUCUCAGUUCCAGCACCAGCUCCAGUACUAGCUCCAGCAGCUCUAGCACCAGCUCCAGCACCAGCACCAGCAGCGACUCAAGCUCAAGCGCAAGUGCAUUCACGACAACUAGUGGAAGCACCUCCACAAUGAGCACUAUCGGUCCGAUCUCAACAUCGUCAUCGACAUUCUCUUCUCGUCGGUCCGAUCUCAACAUCGUCAUCGACAUUUUCCUCCACGCCCACCAGCUCCUCUUUAUCGACGAUCAGCAGCACUAUCACCUCAACACUCUCGAGUUCGAGUUCGAGUCCGAGUUUGUCCUCGUCUACAUCAACGUCUACCACCACUACGAUUCCAUCCUCGACGACGUCGCUCUCGUUUACGGCCACGACAACGCCAGUUUCUUCUUCGUCAUCAUCGUCGUCGUCGUCGUCGUCAUCUUCAAAUCUAGUUUCAACAACUCCCUCGACCUCGACGGCGUCGUCUACGGUCAUCACGACUACAAUUCCAUCGUCGACGACAUCGGUUUCUUCCACGAUCAUCACGACCACGCCAGUGUCUUCAACAACGACAACUACAACGACACUACUUUCGACCACGACGACGUCAUUUACAGUUAUCACCGUCACGUCCACGACCACAACAACGCCCGUUUCUUCGUCUUCGUCUUCGUCUUCGUCUUCCUCGUCUUCAACAAGUUCAGUUUCAACAACACUUGCGACCUCGACGACCUCGACGGCGACGACGACGUCUGCGUCUACGUCUGCAACGGGAUCAGCUCAACCGACGGCCUGCACGCCGGGCACGUUCUCGUGCAACUCGAUCUCGACAUUCUCCCAGUGCGUGUCCACGAGCUCCACGACGACGACUUACGUCUACAUGGGUUCCGUGGCCGCCGGAAUGCAGUGCGUCGAUGGGUCCAUCAUACGCGAGAACGCCGGCCCGUGCACGCCCAACGGUCAGAUCUUCUGCAACGGCACCAACGCCUUCUACAUGUGCGACCAGGGUGGGUUGAUCGACAUGGGUCCCGUCGCAGCAGGGACGGCUUGUAG